UACCCUAAUAUAUACGUGAAAUUAUUUUACAGCAAUGCAUUUGGUUCGGUUGUGCAGACCAUAUCCGGGUUUGAUAAACAAAGAAGUAAAGGUUAUUAAUACCUGGUCAAGUCACACAGCUUCAACAUCAACUGUUGUUAGAAAUGACCCGUCAUUACCAAGCGAGAUCAAACCGUUCAGCGCAGUACCUGGACCAAAAGGACUGUAUAGUGUUCCAUACAUUGGAGCUGCUCUACAUUUUAAACCUUUCACAAAGUAUUCAGCAAAUGAAAUCAACGACCUUUUAACUGAUUUGAGGAAAAAAUAUGGAGACAUAUUCAAAAUGAAGUUUGGAAAAGAUUAUAUGGUCUACAUAAACCACCCGGAUGAUGCAAAAACAAUAUUACAAGCACACUAUGAAUUACACAAGAGAAUAUCAUUUGAUCUGAGUGAAACCUUGGCUGAAAGAGAAAAAGUCAACAAAGGACUAAUUUUAUUAAAUGGAAAAGAAUGGGCGGAUCUGAGAAAACCGACACAGGAGAAAAUGUUACGACCAGCUGUUGUAGCAAGUUAUGUCCCUUUGAUUGAAAAAGUUACAAAUGACUUUGUUGACAACUUAAAGAAGAAAAAACAAGUAGAUGACCUGUUAUGGGAAUUGAAUAAUUACACAACUGAAAGUGUUGGUAUGUUGUGUUUCAACAAACGACUUGGAUGUUUAGAUGAAGGCACAGAUAGUCCAGCAGAAGUAGCAGUGGCAAUGAGAAAUAUAUUUGACAUGUUGCAAAAGUCCUUUUUCAUGCCGGUAAAAAUGUACUUGUACUUCAAAACACCAUUUUAUAAACGAUUUGAACAGGAAGGCAGAAAAUUUAUGGAAGUUGUUUCUACCGAAACAGCAUCUCAAAAUGCAUUUUUAGCAAAGCUUAAAAAUGAAGGUAAACUAGAGGAAUAUCUUGAAAAAGAACCCAAUUUCAUGUAUUCGUUAUUGGCUGAUGGGAGAUUAUCAGAAGAACAAAUAAGCAGUAUUGUCAGUGAUUUGUUCGGUGCAGGUAUAGACUCGACUGCCAAUACAUUAGUUUUCCUAUUAGCUCAACUAGCGCUUAAUCCAGAUAAGCAAGCUAAGUUAUAUGAUGAAAUCCAACAGGUAGUAGGAGACAGUCAACGUCUGACCAAAGAACAUUUAGCAAGGAUGUCUUAUUUAAAAGCGUGUUUGAAAGAAUCACAAAGGAAAAUUUUCCCGAUAUCAUUUGGAGUAUUACGAAUACUAGAGUCUGAUCUUGUCGUCGGAGGAUACCAGAUGCCUAAGAACACAAUGAUUGCAAUUAAUAAUAGAUCGAUGGCAAUGGAUGAUAGAUUUUAUAACCGACCAACCGAGUUCCUUCCUGAAAGAUGGCUAAGAGAAACAACUGGCGAGAUAGCAAAAAGCAAAGAGUUUCCGUUUGCGCACAAACCUUUUGGAUUCGGACCAAGAGCUUGCAUUGGACAAAGAUUUGCUGAAAAUGAAAUUUUCAUUGCAGCUACAAAGAUUGUUAAGAAUUUCCAGGUUUCUAUGCCACCGGAUGUUAAAGAUAUAAAGACAACGUUGAAGAUUUUUACAACGCCAUCAGAAAAAAUAAAGAUGAAUUUUAUGGAACGGCAAUAGAUAAUGAGACAAAAAAAAAAUCUCUUCAAAACGAGCUUUUGAAAAGAGAACGGACAAUCUAAGCAUAAAGGGAUAGUUCCAAUUUACUUAUUUUUACAUAUUUUUCAAUAAUAUCUGUACUAGUAUUUCAUCUUCUAUAACCGUAAGCGUCUCCAUAGUAAAGUAAUGAAUAUAUACAUAUUUAUAAAAUGUCC